CCCCCUGGCUCCUAGUGCCUUCUCACCAGGCCUCCACACUCACACACCCUCAUACAGAGACAGAAAGAGGGAGAGAAAAAGAAAAAAGAAAACAAGGAAAAACGGAGAGAGUGUGGCUCGUACGUGGUGCAGUGAAGCACAAGCCAUCCAGAGGGAACAUGUCAGAGCAGCAGGGUGCACCGGAGCAGCUGGCAGCUGGAAAGAGCCAAGGAGGAGCAGGAGCCACCUACAAGGUGGUGGUGUUUGAGUUUGAGAACUUCUGUGGGAAGAAAGUGGAGCUGUCUGCAGAGUGUAAGAAUGUGAUCGAAAAGGGAUGUGAGAAGGUGGGAUCUAUCAUCGUGGAAUCAGGACCCUGGGUGGCAUUUGAGCGCCAGGCAUUUGGCGGGGAGCAGUUUUUGCUGGAGAAGGGCGAGUAUCCUCGUUGGAGCACCUGGACCAACAGCCAGACUAAUAACUACCUGCUGUCCCUCAGGCCACUCAAAGUGGACAGUGCGGAUCACAAACUCCACCUGUUCGAGAACCCAGGCUUCGCCGGGAGGAAGAUGGAGAUUGUGGAUGACGACGUCCCCAGCCUGUGGGUCCAUGGCUUCCAGGACCGCGUGGCCAGCAUCAAGGCUACGAAUGGAGCGUGGGUGGGCUACAUGUUCCCAGGCUACAGGGGCCGCCAGUACAUCUUUGAGCAUGGAGACUACAAGCACUGGAACGACUGGGGAGCAUCAACACCUCAGAUCCAGUCCGUCCGACGCGUGCGUGACAUGCAGUGGCACAAGAGAGGCUGCUUCAUUGCCCCCACCCCCACUCCCACCCCCACUCCCACCCCCGCACCCAACCCCACACCACCUGCCCCCCCCCUAACGCCACUGGCACCAGCUGAAAGAGAGUGGCUGUGGCCCCAGGGCCCCCUAAGAAGCCAAAUCCGGGCCUCCCAUCCAUCCAGGGCUCCACCGAACCUCGCCUCCUCGUCACAGAGGGUCAGUAAGAAACGACGAACUCGGAAGUGAAGUAACCAUCACUGACUUACCUAUGUGUCUGGGGUGGAAAUAAUAAAGGCUUUGAACCCGAUUUGGUUUGACCCAA